CGCGAGAUGAAGUUGCAAUAAUGCGCGGAGAGUUUUUAAUCUUAUUUAUCAUGUCACUGAAUGUCACGUCGUGAGUUUAUGUGAAGUUUAACUUUCGCCUUUAUCAUAACUAUCGACUCAGGAAGCGGAAGAGCGCUGGAUAUUUAUCCGUGAACGCGUAUUGAUCAUCAUAAUGCCGCCCAUAGAGAAUGACGCGGGUCGAGAGCAGAUCCGAUCGAAAAUCAAAGAACUGAUCGAUUCCAGUGCAGUUGUGGUGUUUAGCAAAAGCUUCUGUCCGUUUUGUGUCAAGGUGAAGGAUCUCUUUAAAGAGCUGAAUGUCAAGUAUAACACCAUAGAGCUGGAUCUGAUGGAGGAUGGGACAAACUACCAGGACUUGUUGCAUGAGAUGACCGGCCAGAAAACCGUUCCUAAUGUCUUCAUCAACAAGAAACACAUCGGAGGCUGUGACAACACCAUGAAGGCACACAAAGAUGGCGUCCUGCAGAAGCUGUUGGGCGAAGGGAGUGAAGUGUACGAUUAUGACCUCAUCGUCAUCGGCGGUGGAUCAGGUGGUCUGGCCUGUUCAAAGGAAGCAGCAACCUUGGGUAAAAAGGUGAUGGUUCUGGAUUAUGUUGUUCCAACACCACAGGGCACAGCCUGGGGUCUGGGCGGCACAUGUGUGAAUGUGGGCUGUAUUCCUAAGAAACUGAUGCACCAAACAGCACUGCUGGGCACAGCCAUGGAGGACGCUCGCAAGUUUGGAUGGGAGUUCGCUGAACAGGUGACACACAACUGGGAAACAAUGAAGACUGCAGUGAAUAACUACAUUGGGUCACUGAACUGGGGCUACAGGGUUUCCCUAAGGGACAAAAACGUCAACUAUGUCAACGCUUAUGCUGAGUUUGUGGAGCCGCACAAGAUCAAGGCCACAAACAAGCGUGGCAAAGAGACGUUCUACACCGCGGCUCAGUUUGUCCUGGCGACUGGAGAAAGGCCUCGUUACCUGGGCAUCCCGGGAGACAAAGAGUUCUGCAUCACCAGUGAUGAUCUGUUCUCUUUGCCCUACUGUCCUGGGAAGACUCUUGUGGUGGGAGCCUCUUAUGUGGCUCUGGAGUGUGGUGGCUUUCUGGCUGGUUUGGGGCUGGAUGUGACCAUCAUGGUUCGCUCUAUUCUGCUGCGAGGCUUUGAUCAGGACAUGGCUGACCGUGCAGGAGAAUACAUGGAGACACACGGGGUCAAAUUCCUCAGGAAGUUUGUUCCCACUAAGAUCGAGCAGCUGGAAGCUGGAACUCCUGGCCGAAUUAAAGUGACUGCUAAGUCAACAGAGAGUGAGGAAGUCUUCGAAGGAGAAUACAACACUGUGUUGAUAGCAGUGGGCCGUGACGCCUGUACAGGAAAGAUCGGUCUGGACAAGGCGGGAGUUAAAAUCAAUGAGAAGAACGGGAAGGUUCCAGUGAAUGAUGAGGAGCAAACCAACGUUCCUCACAUCUAUGCCAUUGGAGACAUUCUGGAGGGAAAGUGGGAGCUCACGCCGGUGGCCAUACAGGCUGGUAAACUGCUGGCCCGCAGACUGUACGCAGGAGCAACCAUGAAGUGUGAUUAUGUGAACGUCCCCACCACUGUCUUCACUCCUAUGGAAUACGGCAGCUGUGGACACCCAGAGGAAAAGGCCAUCCAGAUGUACGGACAGGAAAACCUUGAGGUUUAUCACAGUCUGUUCUGGCCUCUGGAGUUUACCGUUCCCGGACGGGACAAUAACAAGUGCUACGCCAAGAUCAUCUGCAAUAAACUGGACAAUCUGCGUGUGAUUGGCUUCCACUAUCUGGGUCCUAAUGCUGGCGAGGUCACGCAGGGAUUCGGAGCUGCUAUGAAGUGUGGAAUAACCAAAGAUCAGCUGGACAACACCAUCGGCAUUCACCCCACCUGUGCUGAGAUCUUCACCACUAUGGAGGUCACCAAGAGCUCCGGCGGAGACAUCACUCAAUCCGGCUGCUGAGGUUAAACCCUGCUGAUUUAACAGGCUGUCUAACAACUAGUCUAAGCUAUUAGUUUAUUCUGGUGAUCCUCUCUCUUUCCCCUCUCAGCAUAAACACUACAGUCUCUAAAUAUCUCAGAUUAAUCUCAGGUCAUCAUGUUUCUGAAGCUCUCAGCAGCUCACUAUAUGUGUGGGCGGAGUCUGUACAGCAUGGGCGGAGCUUUGUUUCCUUAGAGACCAAUGAGUGACGGAGAGAGGAGAUGAUUGACAGCCUGUUGAACAGCGGGGUUACUCUGCUUUAAAUCAGUGUCCAGGUCAGAAAUGCACCAAUGCUUACACACUCAUGUGCGCGCACACACGUAUGCAAGCAUUUCUGGUGCUCGGUGACGUUUUAACCCAUAUCCACUAUCAGUGGCGGGUUACGACUGAUGUUUUUCUGCACUUGGACUUCAGAUAAGUAUAUACAUGCUAACAUUAGCACUCUGGGCUGGUGACGUCAGCUUUUCUUUGGCCUUCAGACUCCUAUUUCAGUUUGUUUGGCUGUAGAAGUCUAUUUUUCUAUAUUUAAUAGUGGUUUGUCAUCGCUUCGUCAGCUGACGGAGUUCAUCGUUAUUCUGAUUUAGUGGUCGAGAUGUAAAUGAAAGCACCAAACGCACGUGUAGAUGCUUCCUUAAAGUAUUUAAACGAUCCGAUCGGAGAAAGGCAAACUCGUGUGUAGUUUGUAAUAGCCUGGCGAAGCACUUAGUAAUAUCAAUGAAAUGUGUACGUUCAUAUUUUAUAAAUAUCACUGGAUUACGUGUGUCUGUAUGGAGGUUUCAUCCGAAUAUAAAUGCAUGUAUUUGUUGGCGUUUUGUCAUUUAUUAUUACUUUUCACUCCCUUUUGCUUUUGAGAGGGUCAAAGUUUGUGCUUUUACUGUCACUCGGCACCUUUCUAAUGUACAAUAUUUCCAUUGUAAGUCUGUUCAGUUACUAUUCAUCAACUUUAAUAAAACUAUGUACACAA